GCUGAAAACAACCAUCACCUUAGCUGUGUCCUCUCAUCGCUUUUCCUAACUCAUCUGCCAGUCAGGUCUUUUGAGGAUACCCUCGCCCUGUAAAUUUCUUUCUUUUCUUCAUUCUAUUAUUCUAACCUUCAUCAGGGCGCGCCAUGCCUCUGCCAGAUGAGAGACCUCGUCAGAGCGUUGCAAAUCUCAUCGGACGCUUUGAGCAGCAGACCAAACGCCAGUCGUCCUCUGUUGCGUCGGCGAUCCCGCGCAGUUCCAGUGUGUCGUCACAAAUUGCCGGUGAUUCCGCGAAAGAAGAUACAAAGGAGAAGAGGGAGUGGCCGCCUAAACAUGUGACAUCCACGAGUGCAAAUACAACCGUGCUCACACCGUCCUGUUCCUCUUCCACCACCCAGAACACGUCGCCACCCACGAGCCCUCAGCCCACGACAGAGAAGCCGGCAGAGACCACCAUGGCUGCAUCCGCACCCCCAGAACCCGCAAAGCCGCCCACAAUGAAGAAACAAGUCUCUGGGAAGGCUACACCCACUUCUGGGUCUCGGACGAACCCAACCUCACCUGCAAAACCACGUCCCUCUACCGCAUCAAUCAAAUCUCCAGUAAAGUCUCCACCUAAAUCUUCGCUCUCUUCCUCUAUCUCUCAGCCCAUCAAACCACAACACACAGGACAAUCAGCUGCUUCCAAUACUUCCAAUGUCCGUAGCACCCCCAAAUCGGUUCCCAGAUCAACACCCGUCACUCCUUCUCGACCCAAAACGCCCGCUGUGCAUACGCCCAAUGUAUCUCGUCCAAAGACGCCUUCCUCGGGUUUGUUUGCGCCUACAGCAGCAUCUCUUGCACGCUCUCGUAAUGUCCCUGCACCCGCUCCUCCGCCAGUAAAGAAGGCGACACUCAGCAGCAGCGCGGCUGAACGAUUGAGCAAGCCUACUGCUGCAUCCAUGUCGAAGGCGCGCGCUCCUCCUCAUGCGGCUAGCCCUAUUCGUACCGUCAAAUCGACAUCUGCAGGUCUCACUCCUCGCGGUCCGUCCAAACUUAGGGUAGGAUUAGCACCUGCGAGGAUGAAGGAGGCGAAGGCGCAGGAGGAUGCAACCAAAGUUGCUACCAACGAUGUUGACCAUGAACUCGAUCAUCUAGAAUGCGGAUAUUCUGAGAAUGGGCAUGAACCAGAGGAAACUGUGGUUUCAGAAGGAACCAGCGAUUUGCAUGAUGAAGUUCGUGAUCACGUCGACGAGAUACCAGCCGUAGGGGUCCGAGGGGUUGUAAUGGAAGGUGUGGAGAGUAUCGUGGAGGACUUGCCAGAUCCCGAGGCAACGCAUGCUGAGGUUCAUGUUGACGCAAUGGUGGUGGACAACGUUCCCCAAGUUUCCGAGCCUGAAGUGCACCCCGAAGCUCUGGCCGAAGAGCCGCUGUCUCAUGGGGGUGUCAACUCCAAUGGUUCAGUUGAGUCCCAAGACCAAGAGCUGGCACCUGCCACAGAAGAAACUGUGCAUAGCGCGGUGUCUGAGAUUCCUGCAGUUGACGACGACAUCGAAGACAUGGUGGUCAUGCUAGAGACUGUCUCUUUAUCGAAGCACCGACCCCGAAGCAUCGUCAGCAUUCCGGAUGAGCACGGAGAAAUUCCUGAUGAGGAUUAGUCCUAAUGACCUAGGUCCGCCAGAAGCAUUGUAAAUGAAUCCGUCGUCUAUCGUGUGCAUAUGGUUGGUGAGGUCUUUCCCAAUACGUUCAUUUAGUGGUUCUGCAUUGCCGAUUAUGACCUUCCUUGUUAUUUUGCUCUGACACUUUGCUUUGCUGCAUUUUCUCGACCUCUGCCCUGAAUUUUCUUACUGCACCGCCGCCGCAGCUGACGCGUGUCAUUAUGCAUCAUCACACCCAUUUUGUUAUUUUCGUUAAGUCCCUCCCGAGCUCAUCCAUUACAUCUGGCUCCGAGAUACAGCAUACCCUGACUUCCCGCACAUACAAUGGCACAUUUCGUUGAGAGCAAAUAUAAUAUAUGCAUGGUCCACACUUUAUGCGCGCACUACUUAUCAGGGGAUA